CUCUGUUUCUUCAAGCCUGUGAAAAUGCGCGACCAAUGAGUAAACAGAGCAUGUGACCGAAUUUUCGAAUCGAGAAAACCAUCGUCUUCCUUAUUUCUACGUAUUUUACGGCGAGCCUCUAGUCGCUCAUCGUCAGCCCCAUAAAUUUCCUGAAUCUUCUCCGAUAACUUCGUCUUAUAUACAUCGCCACAGAAAUUUCGGUUCCUGUUCGUGAAUUAGCGGUAGGGUUUCAUUUGUAUCUCCGCAACGAAUUUUCCUAUUGAUUGGUUCGUUUGGAUCUGAGAGGUAUUGAUUUCGAUCGAUCUCAAAAGGGUAGUUGUUCGUUUGCUCAAUCGAACGAGAUUGUUAUUGUUUUCUGCUGUGGAAUAGUAUCUGGAUCUGUCAGAUUAAUAGGCUAGUUUUUACGAUUGAGCUAUCGGAAAUGAUUUGAUCUUCAUGUGUGGUUGAUCAUCGAAGAGUGUUUCAUUGAGACUGUUAAUGAAUAUUGCUGUAAGAGAGGAGGAGGAGAAUCUGCUUUUAAGCUUCUCGUCGUACUCGUUUCUGGGAUUUCUCAGGUUCUCAAGUUUGGAUUUCAAUAAGAAAUCUGCGUCCACCGUAAACCCUAGAUUUAGAUGGGAUAAGGUGUUCUUUCAGAUAAAAGGUGAGAACUUUCCGAAUUUAACUUAGUUGAACUGAGAUGGGUUCGUCACAAGGCUCCACACUCUCGGCUGAUGUGAUGAGCCUUGUGGAUACAUUGCCUGUGCUUGCAAAAACCCUUAUCGCUGGAGGAGCUGCUGGGGCAAUUGCUAAGACUGCUGUUGCACCUUUGGAAAGGAUCAAAAUUCUAUUGCAGACUAGAACAAACGACUUUAAGACCCUUGGUGUGUCCCAGUCAUUAAAGAAGGUGUUACAAUUUGAUGGUCCUCUCGGAUUCUAUAAAGGAAAUGGGGCGAGUGUUAUUCGGAUUAUUCCAUAUGCCGCCCUUCAUUACAUGACGUAUGAAGUUUAUCGUGACUGGAUUUUGGAAAAAAAUCUUCCCUUAGGUUCUGGUCCAAUUGUUGAUCUUGUGGCUGGUUCAGCUGCAGGUGGAACAGCAGUUUUGUGCACAUAUCCCCUUGAUUUAGCUCGUACUAAGCUAGCUUACCAGGUUUCUGACACAAGACAGAGUCUCCGAGGUGGUGCGAAUGGAUUUUACCGUCAACCUACUUAUUCAGGCAUAAAAGAGGUGCUUGCAAUGGCUUAUAAAGAAGGGGGACCACGCGGGCUAUAUCGUGGCAUAGGGCCAACGCUGAUCGGGAUCCUUCCUUACGCGGGGCUUAAGUUCUACAUAUAUGAGGAAUUGAAAAGGCAUGUUCCUGAAGAGCAUCAAAACUCUGUUCGAAUGCAUCUACCAUGUGGAGCUUUAGCUGGUUUAUUUGGCCAGACCAUCACUUACCCAUUGGACGUUGUUAGGAGACAAAUGCAGGUAGAGAAUCUGCAACCUAUGACGAGUGAAGGCAACAACAAGCGUUACAAGAACACAUUUGAUGGGCUUAACACGAUUGUUCGAACUCAGGGUUGGAAACAGUUGUUUGCUGGUUUAAGCAUCAACUACAUUAAGGUAAAUCAGAUGAAGAAACAAUGAAUCCAAUAUCUCAGUCUCGGUUUCACUUUUUUCCUCUAUGAUUCGUUUAAUUGUCUUUAUUUGCUAGAUUGUUCCAUCGGUUGCGAUUGGAUUCACAGUCUAUGAGUCGAUGAAGUCAUGGAUGCGAAUUCCACCGCGCGAGAGAUCAAAGCCAGCAUGAGGGUCUUUGUUCCUUCACUCUCUUAUAGAAGACACAGAAGACAGAAGAAAACAUGAUUGUUAGACAGAUUUUUUUUUCCCUACUUCUUUUCAUUUUCAAGGCCAAUUUGCCCCUAAAAAUCCUUGAUAGUGAUAAUAUUCUUUUGAGAAAUUAUGCUAAAAUUUAUAAAUCUGUGAUCAAAUCCAAGCGAAAGAUAAAGUUGAUAUCUGUUGUUGUGCAGCAAGGAUUUGGAAAAUUUCCAAUUGACAAUUAAGAAAAAGUUUCUUAGAAUAACUCGAACUUAAA